CUCAUCGUAUAUAAGCAAUUGAUCCUCAAGAUAUUCUCUGAGAAGUUGGGAUAUCACAAGCAUUAUAGUAGCGGAUGGAUUUGGGCUCUCGAAGCAGGAAUCGAAGAUGCCAUGGUGGCUCUUCUACUUACCGUCUGCACAAAGGUCAAGACUUUGACAUAUGGUCACCCUUGGGGUCCAAGCUGCUUCGGCUAUAUCCUUGGAGCUGCCUCUGGAGGUUGCGGAAGAAGAGGUGUCGAACUUCCUCCGAGUCAGCUGCUAACUAGGUUGGAGAAUGUCAAGCAUGAGUCAUACGAUCGCGAAGAAGGAUAUCUCCAAUUUCAUGACCACGCAACCCGGUUGUUCCGCAUCCCUAGUAUUCGUUCAUAUGAAUGCGUUGGAGCAAGAAGUCCUGAAAUGGAUGAGUUUGACCUACGCGCAAUACCUGAACGAUGUUCAAACAUUCAAUCAAUCAUCUUACGAGAUAGUUGGUGUUCAGCUCCGUCCAUUCGCUCCAUGUCCGGAGCGUGCAAGGCCCUCAAGAAGUUCACCUAUACACGCGACUUUAAAAAGCCGAACGAUGAUGACGAGUUCGAAGCGACGGCUCGGGAUAUCAUGGAAGCCCUAUUGCUUCAUGAAGAUAGCCUUGAACAUCUUCAUAUCAAUUUGAUUGAGGCAACCCGCAAGAGCACUUGCGCGCCCGGACCACGAGAACGAUUGUAUAUGGGUGUUGAGCUACGACAGAUGCACAAGUUGAAAAGCCUUGUUUUAGGCUCUCAGAGCAUCAGUGGACUUCUAGGUAAUGGCAAGGUGUAUUACUUCACCCUGAAUAAAGCUUUAGAGGCUCCAAGGGCUGUUGAAUGUAUUCCAGAACACUUGGAGUAUCUUGAAAUCCAUAGCUGUGGAGGAAACAUCAUCAGCCAGCUCGAGGAGUUUCUGGACACUCUGAUCUGCGCAGAUCGGUUUCCCAACUUAUCAUCAGUCAAGUUUAUCUUCAACGAAAACUGGGUGAAAGAAGAAGAGAUAAGGGGCCUUGUUUCGAAUAGAGAUGGCUUGGCACUGGAGGUUAUUCGGCGUCGGUGAUAACAAGAAUAGUUGAGCCAAUAGGGGGGAACACAUGAGACCAUAGCAGCUGUUUUCUAAAUCACCGAAAU